UUACGUGCUGCUGCCAGUCCCUUGGUGGAGGAUGGCGGGAUGGAGCCGCCCAAGGAGGUGCCUAGGCCUUCCAACGUGCUUGAAAACCGCAAUGAGCACCUCCAUUCGCUGUUCGCGGCCCCGUUUCCACAGAAGAGUGCCCACGGCAACCCAGAUGCCACACACUUGAGAGGGCCUGAGUAUCCUUGGGCCCGUCAUGGCCACGACCAUGGCAGGACGGCAUUGCCCAAGGACAAGAACAAAGAGGGCGCUGGGCACCGCCUGCUCAACAUGCUGAGAAAAACUCUGAAAGGGACUGAGAGUGAAGAACUGGAAAUAACACCUGAGAAACCAACUUUGGUGCCAUUUGGGGAUGUGGUUGGCUGCCUGGCCAUACAUAUAAAGAAUUGUAAACAGUUUCUGUCUAGGAUCAGUUCACAACAUUGUACUAAUUUGUUCAUUUGCAUCUCCAUAAACAAUGUUGUGAAAUCUACAAAACUUUGUAGCUUGAUAACCAGAAGCAAUAAGAAGGUCAACGUAAUUAGUUUUGAUGAAGUGAAGUAUUUUUCUGUACAGGUUCCUAGACAUCAAGAUGAUGAGCGAAAUAAUAUUUACCUGGAUCUAAUGCAGCAUGACGCUACAGAAAAAUAUCCUCUCUUCUUAGGGCGCUGUGAAUUACAUCUUUAUGAAGUAAUCCAGAAAGGGUGUUUCACUGAAGAAUUGCUAAUGAUGAAUAAAAACACAUUUAUCUGCAGGGUAGAAGCAGAAUUUAUGUUCUCCUAUGGAAACUUUGGUUAUGGAUUUUCACAUCAGUUAAAACCUCUUCAGAAAAUUGUUGAACCAUCUAUGUUUAUGCAAGUCGCACCACCUCCAGAAAGAAAAGAUCCUGUGACAAAUGUUAUUUUGCCACAAGCAGUAGAAUAUCCAGCAUUCUUAUCUCCAGAUCUGAAUGUUACUGUUGGGGUUCCAAACAUGGGACCCCAGCAAAGCCAGGCAUCUGUGGUGCGGCUUGAGAAACUGCAGCAGCAACCCCGGGAAAGGUUGGAAAAAAUGAAGACAGAAUAUAGAAAUCUGGGUACAUGGAUAGAAAAAGUUGGCUAUUUAAACAAAAUUAUUAACCCCAAAUUGGAAAUUAAAUAUCCUAAGGAGAGCACUGUGAGUAAGCCACUCCAGGAUAAUCUAUCUGAAGAGAAGUCUGAAGACGCUGCAGUAUCAGCACAUGUUCCACCUCAAAGCAAAGGGGCUACUACAUUCAAGUUGCCAGACAAUGACGCAGAAGCCUUUGCCACGCCAAAUUUGAGCCAGCCUUAUCAAGAUAUUGCAAUUGAUGUUUCUUCUGCAAGUUAUGAUCCAUAUCUAUCCAUGGAUACUCCAUUUUCCACCGAUCCUAGUCUCAGAAUAACAGAAGACAAAAAAACACAACCUUUACCUGAAUUCCACUUGGAAGAUGCUCCAGGUGGAAAUAUGGAAAGAUUGUUUUUUCCUCCAGAAGUAAAAUUUGGUGAUGAAACUCCAAGAAUUUUAAAAACAGAUUCAUCUCCAGCAGAGGAUGAAAUUCAUAAGAGAGAUCGGAGAAAAGUAGUCUUACGGAAGAAGGAAAUUCUGCCGAGAACCGUGAAGAGUCACUGUCAGAAUAACUCAGAAAAAGAAAAUAUAACAUUUCCUUACUUUCAAGAUGUAAUGUCAAGAGAUACUAAAGCACAUAAAAGUACAGAUAAAAAUGUAGACCAGGUGGUCUUUUCAUCAGACGUGUUCAAGUCAGCAUCUUUCAUCCCGUCACAUUCUGAAUCCAUACCAAACUAUCGGAAAUUCCACCUGGGCCGUUUUGAUCCUUUUCUAAGAAAUAUAAAUGACAACAUGUCAGACAGUAUAAAGAAAGACAAAGAGAUAUAUGAAGUUAAAAACAGCUUAAGUACAGAGGUGAUAGAACAUGAAGACCAAGACCCUCCUUAUCCAACAUAUUCAAAAACUGCAGAACCUACUAUGAAACCCUGCUUUGACCCUAAUGUCACAAUGAAGACUUUCUACACUAUGGGAAAGUUAGCUUGUGAUCCUACUGUCAACCCAGUAAAGACAUCAGACACUAAGGAUAAAUUAGCUCAUGAUCCUACUGUCAACUCAAUAAAGACUUUAGACAAUAAGAAUAGGUUAGCUCAUGAUCCUGGUCUCAUCAGAAUGAAGACUUUAAACAAUAAAAAUAAGCCAAAGGAAACAAUAUUAAAUGGAUCUUUACCAAAUUUCAAAAGAGAAUCAUCAUUUAUUCAAAAUAUAAAUAAGUGUCACCUCUCAAAGUCAUUAAGUCCCACUUCCCACAUAGAAAGCUUAAGACAAUCAAUGGCACUCAAGUCAGUUUUAAGUAAAAAUCUACAAGACCUUUCAGACAAGUUAUUUGCUAAUCUAGACAUUCCCGUAAACUCUGAAGCAGUAAAGAAAAGUGAUUCCCCACAUCUAAGCAUCCCCAGUGAACCAGCAAGGAGUAUGGCAGACAGAGUAUUUGAAAAAGUCCAAGAUUUACAUAGCUGGCUUUCAGAAAAAGAUGUUUCAAAUUCAAAGUCUGUUUUAAGUCAAGUAAUUAAAAAUGUUCCCACAGAUUUUCUUUCAGGAAACGGAGCAGGAAAAUCUUCAGAGGUAGCAGAACCCAUGUCUGAAAAAUUCUCAGAGGCUCAUGAAACAGAUUCUCCAAUGAAUAAAAAGUGUCGUUUCAAAAAGAAACAUUUAAUAAACGAAACAUCAAGCUGCAAAUCAACUUUCGUUGGCUCUGUGCCUGACUGUGUGAUAAAGCAAAUAUUCAUGGCACCCCUCUCACAUAUGAAGCUGGGGGUGUCAGAGUCUAGCGAGCCACAGAUGCACCUGCAGGAUCAACUAUCCACUCCAUGGGGCAAAAGCUUAUCUUCCCAUAUUCUGUUUCACUUUGGAGAAGAAAAUGAUGAAGCAGAGUUGCCACAGUCCAAAUCGGUGGUAAGCCAGAUAAUUCAGGCAUUUCCUGUAGAGACUCUUUUAGAAUAUGGGCUAAUCAAAGUGAUAGAAUUAGAGAAUGAGUGCCAGAAUGGGUCCUUGCUGGGAACAGAGGCAGGACUUCCAGAAAAAGAGCCAAAGCAUCCCACGGAGGAUUAUCCAGAAGUCAAAUGCAAACCAGAACUUCUCUCAAGGCAGAACACACCCACCCAUCCCCAUGAUGCUACUGUUUUUUUCGGUGGAGUUGAAUUUAUAGAGGAAGGUCAAAAGAAGUCCCCACCACAUUCAACACAUGAUUGGACACCAGAUAAGAAGCCAGUUUCCCCAAGUAAUGGCCACAGGCUUGACAUACAAGAGCAUGAUCUAAAUUCUGUUUUAGAAACCUUCAAUAAUUCUUUUCUAAUGGGUAAGCUUGAUGAGUCUGAUGUAGGGAUGUUAAAAUCCUUUCUGAGAAGCAUCUUGAAAGCCUUUUUCACACAUAAUCAGUCUCAGAGGAGAAGACAGCCAGAGAAAGAACUGGAACAAUUAAUUCAACGUGAUAUUCCCAACCAUAGAGACCAUCUUGAAGAAAUCCAAGGGAGUUUGAAUAAUGUGGACACAUUGCACAGAAAACCCAUUUUGAGUCCAAAGCUGCGUGUGUUUCUAGAAGAACUCUCAGAGUCAGAAGUGAAAAAUUUAAAGUCGGAAUUAAGUAAACAUAUCCAGCAUUACCUUGUAGAAAGACUGUCAGAAGCAGGACAUAUUGCCAAGGAGGACUUACCAACAAUCUAUCAAAACUUGCAUUUGAUGAAUGAGAAAGCUGACCUAAAUGGGCAAAACAUUUUCCAGGAAAAAUACUCUGAAGCUGUAAGGGAAAUCAUGUCUUUUGUAAAUAACUUUAAUCAUCACUUCAUAGAUAAACAUCUAGAAAUAAAGCUAAGAUCCUUUUUAAAUGAAAUUCUCCAAAAUUAUUUCCUAAGAAACCUUUCAGAGAGCAGUUUAUUUAAUGAGACAGAGCCUGAGACCAUACACAGUAACGUAUCUUCUCUGAGAACUAGAAAUACCUCUAUAUCCUAUCAUGAGUUAGGAGAAGAGCUUGCAAGUGGGAGUUUUGGUAGAAGGCCUGAAAUAAAAAUGAAAUGUCCCUUAAAUAAAUCUCUUCAAAACUACCUUUUGGCUUUAUCAGAAAAUGAAUUAGUAAGUCUAAAAGCUGAAUUAAGCAAACACCUCCAGAGUCUUUUUAUAGAAAAACUUUCAAAAGCAGGAUUAAUGACAGAAAGGCAGUUAGAGCACAUCAGACAUCAUUUACAUUUGCUUAAUUCGAGCUGCACACCACUGAAAUGCAUAAAGUCCAAUCUACCAAUUAGGGAUGAGCAACACUUGAUGGAGGAACAUUCAGGAAGGGAGAGCAGAUAUUCAAACACUGUUCCAAAGUGCACACUACAGAAGGCUCCUAAGGAUCAAUGUGUAGAAACAGAGUUGGUCAAAAGAGGAGAAGGUGGCUAUUUUCGCUUACAGAGUUUACAGAAAAAUCCAACAAUCAUGGAACAAAAUAGUUGCUACCCUAGAGAGGAAAGUAAAACACCAGAUUUAGUAAAAAUACAGCCUUCUUCCAACAAAAAUACACAGGCAAUCCCAUUAAAUAAGUCAUCAGAAAGACUUACAGAUAUGUUGUUCAAGAAACCCAGAAAAGAAUGUGGUUUUGAACAGUUUCCUCGAGCUGACAAUUCUGUUUGUAAAACAGAGAGUCAAGACUCGAAUGGUUGGACUGGAAAAUCCAAAAUGACUCAACCGAAAGCUUGCUCGGACAGGAAAAUGAAGCUUCUUGGGAAAAAGGAGCAUGUUAACAUUUAUAAACUGACUGUUCAGGAACGACCUGAAGCAGUAUUGUCACCACAGCCAAGUAUCCCUAACUGCAAAAUACCAAGAGAAGAUAAUAGGCAGUCACACAGAUUCGCUUUCCCUUUGUGGCAGACCAAAGCAUUUGGCUAUUGCAAUUCAGAAACUGGGGAGAAACCCGACCAAGAAGAACAGUACUGCCAGAGAUUAAAAGGAAAUAACAACAACAAUAAAAAACAUUUAGUUACAUUUGCACAAUAUAAUAAAGAAAUACAGAGUCUUUAUUUAAACUCAAGUUUUCUCUUCGGUGAAAAAUAUGCCAGGAUCCCUCAAUCACAGUUGUUUAUGAUAAUAGAAGAUAAGAAAAACUCAAACUCAUCCUUCUUCCCUGAAGUACUAAAGAGAGAAAAUCUAAAACCCAAGGUCCAAAAAGAAACAGACCAUCCCAAGCCAAAAAAGCCAUUUAAUAGGAUAGGUAGGAUAGUGCCCACCACACUGCCCACCACAAGAAUUCAUCUAAAGAAAUCCGUUCCAAGAACAGUACUUCAUUGGACUGCAAGAAGAACUAUACAUGAUUGUUCGGAUAAAUUUGAGGAUUUACCUGUGACCUCUUUUAAGCAUCUGACCAAAGCAAAAUCAAGAGCAAGGCUUUCAGGAAACAGCCCAGAUGACAGUCAUAAUCAGAUAAAACACUCUGCAAGACCAUAUACUGCUCCAGAGCAAAGCAAACGGCAAGAAAACUACCCUGCAAGAUUCACAAGCCCUCGAAUGGUCUCGACAGGCCUAGUUCGUAUAAAUGAUACAACCCUAGAUUUUGAAAUACGUAAACUGCAGCCCCCUAAAAAAUUAAAAGAGGAUAUUGAAAAAUGUUCGCUCAUUUGUGAUAUUAUCCAAGUGCUAAACAAUUCAAAAUGAUGUGUGAGAUCUACAGUCAGAACAUCAUUUCUCCGUCAGCAAUGUGGUUUGGAGUUCUGUCCUCAUGUGUGAUAGAAGGCAGCAUCCCAGUUUCAUCUUGCUAGAACCAUUUUGUUUUGAUUAAAAUGAGAAAUGAGCACA